UUAUUCUUUGGCAGCCUGGAUACAAGUGAGACGAAAUCUACGUAACUUGAAUGGAGUCGAGUGUUCUUUAUUGUUGGAAAUAAAUGAUGAGCACAGAUAGGAUAUCAUGGAGUCACAAACCAAAGAUGAAGUAUCAAAGGUAAUUGAAUACCUUCACUUGAGUCCUCAACUGCAGAGGGGCUCACUUGGGCCCCAGCAUGGGAAAGGAGGAGAAGAAGGAAAAGACUCCUUAUCAUGGACAGAUGCAGGGCCUCAUAAUGCAUCAAUACUGAGGACCCAACAGUAUCAAUCUUAUCCUAAUCUGUCAGUAAAUGUUCCCAUGCUCAAUGUUCCCGUGAUGUGUCAAAGCAAUGCUCCAUUAUCAAAGGGAGGUGCUGAUUCCACUGUUAGCACUUCAGCUUGUACUGCAGAUUUCAAUCAUAUGGCUAACCCAACCUGUGGAAGCUGUCUGCUGCUGCCCGUCAGUCCACUUCAGAUUGUGCCUGGAAGUCCACUGCAUGUAUUGAACAGUCCAAUUUAUUCUGUCUCUCCCUCAGGUCAACUUAGCCAGGAGGUCUUUAACUUCAACCCGUCCUUCCUGAACUAUUACUACAAUGCCAACACCAGCACCCCAGCUGUCAGUCCUGGUUAUCAAGCAAAUAUUCCAGUGUCACCAAAUUAUUUGGCUCCUGGCUUACCACAGUUACCAUCAUCUCCUGGUUUCCUGACAGCAGCUGGUUAUUAUGCUGGUUUUUCUCUGCUUGGAGGACCCAGACUGCCUGGCUCCCCAUUGCCACCACUCGGCCAAGCUUUCAUGCCACUUCAUGCAGCUGCUUUGCGAGGUGAUAAACAGAAGCUUGCUGAAUUACUUCAAGAGAAGAAUAUUAACCUUGAGAUACGUGAUCGCUGGGGUCGUGUUCCUCUUGUGUAUGCAGUUCUGGGUAACAAUCAAGAAGGAGUGGACCAAUUGCUGCGUGCUGGGGCUCGGCCAGAUGCUGUUGAUUCACACAAAUGUACUCCACUACACUUUGCUGGAUAUAAGGGUUACUUAGGCUGUAUUAAGGCCAUUGUACAUGCAGUAGAAAGCAGAGGACUUCCUCUCAUUGAUAAUCAAGGUGGGCUGUGGUUGGCCCAAGAUUUGAGAGGUGUGACACCUCUUCAUCAUGCAGCACAUCACAACAACAGCAAGUGCCUUCAUGCUUUACUGAAAUAUGCUGCACCAGGAACCUUGGAUACUGUUGAUCACAAAAAGAGGACCCCAUUACACUGGGCAGCUGCAUAUGGCUCAGAGGAAAAUGUUCGACUACUGAUAAAGCAUGGGGCAAACAACCUUAUGCCAGACCAGGAAGGAAAAACACCUCUCCAUUGGGCUGCUAUAAGCAAGGCUGAAAGUGCGACAGCAUGUGUUCGGACACUGAUAGGUGCAGCACCUUCAAGUGUGAACUGGCAAGACUAUGAUGGGAUAACUGCCUUGCACUUAGCAGUUGCUGAAGCAAGAAAAGAUAUAGUUGAUGUUAUACUCUCUGUACCAAAAUGCAAUGUAGAUUUAACAGACAAUCAUUUCAGGACAGCCCUUCACUGGGCUUGCAACAGAGGACUGACAGCAAUAGUCAGCCGAUUAUUAGAACGUGGAGCUCAUUUAGGUGCAGUUGAUGUGUAUGGAGCAACUCCACUGCAUUAUGCUGCACAGCUUGAUCAUGCUGAUACAGUGGAACUGUUGGUUAGGCGACCAUGUGUCCGGGAUAAUCCAUCAAAAGAAGGUCACACAGCCAUGUUGUGGGCUGCAGCACGUGGUGCUAAUGCAGCCCUCACAGUGAUGGCAAGACAUGGAUCAUCCUUAACUCAGGCUGAUCCAGGGGGGUGCACUGCCCUGCACAUUGCAGCAGGAUCAGGUCACGUCUCCACUGUUGGUGUCCUACUGCGCCUGCGUGCACCAAUUGACAUAUGUGCUAAUGAUGGCUGCACACCUUUGCUUCAUGCUGCACAAGGGGGCCAUGCUCACAUUGUUAAAUUACUAGCGGAAGCUGGAGCAUCUCUUGAUCAUCGAGACAGCGAAGGUCAAUGUGCUCUGCACCAUGCAGUUCUUGGUGGACACCUCUACUUAGCUCAGAUUCUCAUAAAAGCAGGUACAUCUGUGAAUGUUCGAGAUUUCUCUGGACGCACUCCUCUUCAUAUGGCAGCAUACAGAGGACUGAGUGACAUUAUGUUCCUGUUAUUAGAAAAUCGAGGUGAUGUAAAUGCCAGAGAUCAUCAGGGUCAAAGUCCUUUACAUUGGGCAGCACAAGAAGGCCACUUAGGAGCUGUUAAUACACUACUAGAUUUUCGUGCAUAUCCCAACUACACACAGACUACUGAUGACAGAUAUACACCAUUGGAUUGUGCAUAUGUUGCUGAACAGUUGGAAAUUGCAGAAGUCUUAAUGGUGAAUGGUGGGCUGUCAGUUACAAGGAUAAUGGAAAUAGCAGCUACAAAAAUUCAGGCUGGUUUCAGAGGUUACCUAGUACGGAGAUAUGUUGAACAACACCGGUUACACUUAAAUAUUGAAAAUAGCAAGAAGAAUGGAAAUAUACUUGUAGAUGAAUUUGAAGAAAAUUUAAUUGAUGCUGAUAGUGGUUUCAUUGAGGAAGCUGCUAUGAAAACUGAGCAACAACAAAGAUUAACUUUAAGAGAACAAGCUACAAAUGAUUCCAGUGCUCCAACUGAGGAGCUUCAAGAGGAUUCUAAGGAAGGAGAUGGCCAAAAUGGUCUGUUAGAUAAGGCAUUACGUGCAACAAGUUCUGGGACAGCCAAUACACAACAAAAACUGAAAGUCAGUUUCUAUGAGUCAAAUCCUUACAAUUCUGUGUCUGGCCAGCGCAAAUCUAAAGGUUUGGCAAGCAGCAUUAUGAGAGGGGCUCGGAAAAAGACUGUUCGAAAUUUAGAAUUACCUGACCCAGGGGAACUGGGAUUGGAUAAUCAGCUGAUAGAAAGUGAUCAGAAUUUUGCAGAGGAUGAAGCUUCAGAAUCAGAGGACGAUUAUGCCUUCAUGACUCGUGCAAUCAAAGGCCCUUCACUAGUACUUGCGCAAGCUCUACAUAUGCCUGGAAUUAUAGCCAGUGCAGUUUUGACUGUUGGUAAUAAUCAGAAUCAAGAGACUCGAAAUCAGGCCUCAGACAACAAUAAUCAAAAGGUGAUAGAAAACAAAAACAGUGAGAAUAUGCAAGAAAAGAACAAUGAUCUUCAAACAAGUUCAAACAAUCUCAGCAAAAGAAAUGUAGGUGAUGUUGACUGCCAGGUAUAUUCAUCAAAACAGACAAGGCUCAAAUCUGGCAAAGACUUUAAAAGAAAGGGAGUCUUUAAAGAAAGACCCAGUGAGAACUUACAAGAUUUUGAUUAUGAUUCAGAGUUUUCAAAUAUGUUAAGGCAACAGAAAAUUGAGAAAAUGAGAAUACUGACAGAAAAUUCUGAGGCAGCAGUGGAGACUGUAAAUGUUGAAGCUGGAUAUACUAAUACUUCAGCAUUAAGGUCAAAGCAGAAUCACAUUUUGAGUGCUGAUGCAAGAAAACAAGCAGAGCAGAAGUGGAAGGAGAAGUUAGCAUCACUAACCAUAAAAG